AUGGAUACAACCUUCAUUGAUGCUUUGAUUGAAGAAUGUCGUAAAGGUAAUAGAGUGGAUGGCACAUUUACUACAAUGACAUAUGACAACAUACUUUCACAUUUGAGAUCUAUGUAUGGUAACCACAUCCGCAAAGAGAAUCUUAAGAAUAGACUCAAGACUUUAAAGGAUCAUUUUGGAGUUUGUUAUGAUAAUUUUCAUGGGCUUAGUGGAUUUUCUUGGAAUCCAAUUACAAAGAUGUUUGAGGCUGAAGCUGAAGUUUGGGAAGAAUUGAUUAAGGCAAAACCAGAAGUGAAAAAGUGGAUGCGUACUCCAAUCAAACAUUAUGAUAAACUAUUUGAGAUAUAUGGUACAGACAGGGCAACAGGAAAACAUGCUGAAAGUGCCAAAGAAAAAGUGAAAAGGUGGGAGAAGCAUAAAGAAACAAUUAACUUGAAUGAUGAUGAUAGUUUUUUAAAUAUGGAAGAGGAGUGGAAUGAGGAUCCGGUUACUCCUCAUGCUACUAGUUUCACAAUGGGUCAUAGUCCUGAAAUUGGUUUAUCUAACCAAUCAACUGGCUCUCAAGAAACAUCAUCAAGAAGUACUAAACGCAAAACAACCAUGAGUGAUAAAUUAGAAUCAGAAAUGGAAACAAUGAGUAAAGGCAUUCAAGCAUUGACUGACAUGAUGAAAGAUGGGAAUCAUUUUUAUGAGAGAUCAAUAAAUAUUGCUGAAAAGCAAGUGUUAACAGCUGAAGAACAAGUGCAGGUAGCUAAGGAGCAAGUUCAAAUUGCUAAACAACAAGUGCGAAGAGCUGAAAGGAGUCUUGUGAUUCUUGAGCAAAGUAGGCCUCGCAUUUACUCUGAGAAUGACGUGUGGACUGAGUUAGAGAAUUUAUGUGUGAUGUCAGAAUUGCGCAUGAGGUGUUACCGCUUUUUAUGCAGAGAAGAUAGAACUAAGAGGGAAUUUUUUGGUGUUCCGGCUGACGUACGUCUUGCCACAUUAUAUGAAUUGAUGAGAGAAGCAGGUGCACUCUAA